CCCUUCAAGAACUCGCCCGUGCCGCGCAACAACCAGACGGCCAAGAAGCAGAACAAGGGCUCCAAGAAGUUCCGCCAGUCCGACGAGGAUGACAUUGCCGAGUCCGUACGUACAUCCGUCUACAGCCGUCUCCACCACUGACAGCCCAGCUCGCCAUGCGUCCAUACGGCAACCGGAAGGGGCAGACGUCCAUCACCCACCUCAUGAACUUCAACCUCCCGCCUCGCCCCCAGAACUACGACCGCAACCACGCCAGACCCUACAGGCGCGCCCCGACCUGGGGCGUUGGCUCCGGCUACCAUGCCUCCGACAAGGCGAGAUACGUGCACGCGAACUACCGCUUCAUUGUCGAUCCGCGUGGCGAUUACCGUGCUCAGCGUGUCGACGCCGACAUCCACCUGGACUGGAACAAUGUCCUCCAGAUCUUGGCCUCGUCCGUCUCGCAGGACGCUUCUUGUCCCAUCUGCCUCGGCACUCCGGUAGCGCCGAGGAUGGCCAGGUGCGGGCAUAUCUUUUGCCUGCCCUGCCUCAUUCGCUACAUGCACUCUGAAGACGAGGGUCAGCAGCACGUGAAGAGGGCCCGUUCGAAAAAGUGCCCGCUGUGUUUCGACACCAUCUACGCCGCCGAAACACGGCCAGUGCGCUGGUAUGUGGGGCAGGAGGGAGACCCGCCUCGCGACGGCGGCGAUGUCGUCCUCCGCCUGGUGAUGCGCUCGGCCGGGAGCACGCUGGCCAUGCCCCGCGAUGGCGCUGAAGUGCUGGGCAAAGACGAGGACAUCCCCUGGUACUUUGCUGCAGAGGUCAUGGACUAUGCACGGGUGCUCCGAGGCGGAGAGGACUACAUGAUGGAACAGUUCAACAAGGAAAUUUCAGAAUUGCGUCAGCAGGCCGAAGAAGACGAAGUCAUGUUCGGCGAGGACAACGUGCAGUGGGCGAAGAAGGCCAUUCGCAACAUCGACGAGUCGAAGGAGAAGCUCCAAGGAAUCGGCAACCCGCCAGAAUCUGCACUUAAACCAGCAGAGCCGAAGCCGAAACGAGCACCUAUUGUGUUCCGCGAGGAUGCACCCGAGUUCUUUCCUUCCGCCCAGGACGGUACAGAGUCUGGCACGCCCAGUGAGGGCAGCAAGCAGAGGAAGAUGUCCACGUCCUCGCAGACAUCGCGAACAAGCGUGCCGGCAACGCUCGCUGAGAUUCGCAACCGGCAACACCACGACCAGAGCCGCACGCCGUCCGAGUACUACUUCUACCAGGCGCUCAUGCACUACUAUCUAGCUCCACUCGACAUCCGUAUUCUCAAAGCUGCAUUCGAGAACUUCGCGUCGUUUCCUGCAACAAUCCUUCCCCGUGUGGAGCAUGUGUCAACCGGCCACGUCGUCGAUGACGAACUCCGGAAACGCACAAAGUAUCUCGCCCAUCUGCCGUACGGCUGCGAGGUCAGCUUUUUGGAGUGCGACUGGACUGACACCGUGGCGCCUGAAAUCCUAGACCGCUUCAAGACUGACAUCGAGAAGAGGAGGAAGAAGCACCAAGACAAGGAGGGGCGUGAAGAGAAGGCGAGGCUGCGAGCGGAGAAGGCCGAGUAUGCUGAAUUCAACUCGGCGCGGAGGAAGCGGCCCAGCAUGUCUGAGCGAUUCUCUGCCGCGGACUUCCUACCUCUGGCGUCCGGCAGCAAUCCAGACGGCCAGCCGGUCACCGACGAAGACGCAUCGACCUCACCACCCUGGCCAGCUCGGCGAGGCGAGGGGUUCGCCUCUCUGGCGUCACCGUCCACGAGCCCGUCAGCUGCACGAACCGUCUGGGGCACUACAGCUAUCGCAGGUGCAUCUCCUGUCCUCGCGGCCCUGGACCACGACGCCGAGGACGGCUGGCUGCAGGGGUGGGAGAAGGACCUGCUUCAGGAGGAGGAGAUGAUCGCCCAGGCACAGGCCAUGUCGCUUGAGGAGGGAGAGUCGGCGAAGAAGCCUGCAGGUGGAAAGGGCAAGAAAAAGAAGAAAAUCACACUCAUGAGCACAAACGUGCGGAGAGGAGCGUAGAUAACUGCCAUUUAGCGAUAUUCACUGAGUAGCUCGGCGCGAAAGGUCUCAAUCAAGUAAACAACAACCCGGUCGGUCCUUCCUCUCGUGACGAUGACAUC